AGUUAAAAUUGAACCAGGAAUGAAGAUAUGGUGUGCUUCAGGUGUUAACCUGACAGGAGGAAGAACAGCAGAUGGAGGUUCAGUUGUUGGUGCCAGCAUCUUUUACUCUUCUCCAUCUGAAAAGGUGGACCUACCAAAAGCAGAUACCACUCUCACAGAAGUGGACAAACUGGAUAAGGAGCUAAAGGAAUGUGAGAAAGACCGUCGUGAAAGUGAAGAAUUGGAACAGAACCUCACGUCGCUAGUUUGGAUAUGUACUUCUACACACUCGAGUAGUAAGGUGACUGUGAUUGAUGCAAACAAUCCAGCUGAUAUCCUGGAUUCUUUCCACGUUUGUUCUUCUCAUCUUCUGUGUAUAGCAAGUGUUCCUGGGGCCAAAGAAACUGAUUAUCCUGUAGAUGACGAGUUUAAUAAACUAGGACAAGAAAAAAAUGAUGCGGAAGAUAUAAAAGGAGAGGAUUCUCCUGAAAUUCUGAAUGACAAAGGAGAUGAAGUAAUGAAUAAUGGAACUGGUAAAAUUGGCAACAUUACAUUUAUCAGCUGUGCCACAGGAACAGCUGUCAAUAACAACAACGACAAUUCACAGUUUUCUCCUAAAGGUGUGUCUAAAUUUUCAUGUUUUGAAGUCUGUCAACAUGCUCUUUUAGUGAAGGGAUAA